AUGCGUUACAUUGCUGCUUACUUACUUGCUGUUUUGGGUGGUCAUCCCUCCCCCACUGAGAACGAAGUGGUCAAGAUUCUGCAAGCAUCGGGUGUUGAAAUUGACAAGGAACGGCAAGAAAUUGGCCUCAUUUGGUUCAUCGUGUGCUGCUGCUUCGGGUGGUGUGCUUCGGAUGGUGAAGCUGCUUCGGGUGCUGAAGCUGCUAAAGUAGUGGAAAAGGUCGUUGAAGAGGAAGAGGAGAUUGACAUGGGAGGUGGAAUGGACAUGUUUGGUGGUGAUGAAGACUAUUAA